CAACUCUGUACAUGCUUUUGGUGCUGGCGGGCGUUCAUGCAAAAUAAACUCCAUUUUCAUAUUUUAACUGCAAAUUUUUCUCUCUCUUUUUUGUACAUAGGUUACCGACCACUAGAACUAAUGAUUCAAUGGCUCUGGAAGUGGAAGCCAGUUAGGUGAAAGCAAGACAAAGAAGCAAGCAAGAAGAAAUCAACUGGCUUACACAAGCUCGUUAAACAGAUAAUGGAUACUUAAGUCCCGUCACACACACCCCGCUAGUUUUGUGUUUUGCGUUAUGUACAACAACUGCAGAUCACCUUAUAGAAGUCAGUGGGACCCUAGGAGCCCUAACUUCAGACAGGAUCCUACUCACACGGGCAGAUUUUUUGGUGUACAUAGAUCUCCAAUCUCUUCAACGCCUCCAUUUAUUAACGAGAGGUUUCCUCGAUAUCCACAGGAUUCAUUUUAUUGUAGUCCGCCUCCUCUUCUUGGUUACCCACAUUAUCACGUUGACAGUCCUGCAAGGUAUGGUACGCCAAAUUUUAACCAGUCAUUCUAUCACCGAAAUUCGAACUCUUCUACCAGCUCCUACGCUUCAGCGAACUCAUCAUUCGUGUCAAGCUGCUGUAAUCCAUCACUGAAUAUGCACCUCAAUUCAAUGUCUAGUAACUCGUUUGUAACAACACAAGAGGAUUUAAGUUGGAGACAUGAUACUUCUUUCGUGAAUUCAUCGUUAUGUGAUCAGAGAUCAAGUUCACCGCGAAGCAAUAAUAGAAAAUUUGGUGGAAACAAUGGGAGCCCAGUUAAAAAUUGGAUUACUUCCUGUCUAUCAGAUCCUUGGGAAAAUAUGAAACCAGUCCUUACACCACUAUCAGGUUAUUUGGUAGACAAACCACCUGCUCAAAGACAUACGGUCUUAUUCGCUCCUCACGAACGCCGAAGAAGGUCAGAGCUUGAAGGCGAUGAAGCGUUGAAAAUCAUUCCAACAAAACGACUUCAAGGAGUUAGUUCAGAAUGAAGCUGCGUGACUGUGAUAAUACUUUUUGCCAAGUGUAUUUAAUACUCCUUUAUAUAUACGCAUUAUUUACUUC